UGCAGCUUUUUUUGCAGCUUCCAUUUUACUGUAUACCAUGGGCCACACUGAGAUAGAGGAUGACUGCUCGGGCUGGACUCAGAGACCCUCUGCAGAAGGGGGUCAGGUGCCAAAGGAAAUUAUGAUUGUGCCAAGGAAUAAGCCAAGAAAAAGCCUUGUAUCCUAGCAUGGCAAAUGAAGAAGAUGAUCCAAUUAUACAAGAGAUUGACGUGUUCCUGGCCAGAAGUCUGCUGGAGAAGCUGUAUCUGUUUCAGUAUCCCAUUCGUCCAGCUUCCAUGACAUAUGAUGAUGUUACACAUUUAUCAGCGAAGAUAAAACCAAAGCAGCAAAAGGUUGAACUUGAAAUGGCCAUUGAUACUUUGAAUCCAAACUACUGUCGCAGCAAGGGAGAACAGAUUGCUCUCAAUGUCGAUGGCACGUGUACAGAUGAAACAAGUACCUAUUCCUCGAAGCUGAUGGACAAGCAAACUUUCUGCUCAUCCCAAGCUGCGAGUAACGUUUCCCGCUAUGCAGCUGCUGUUUAUAAAAAAGGUGAACUUCACUUGACUCCACUACAUGGAAUUCUUCAGCUGAGGCCAAGCUUCACCUACUUGGACAAGGCUGAUGCAAAACACCGAGAAAGAGAAGCUGCUAAUGAAGGUGGUGAUUCAUCCCAGGAUGAAGCUGAAGAUGAUGUUAAGCAAAUUACUGUAAGAUUCUCCCGCCCUGAGACUGAACAAGCUCGCCAACGCCGUGUUCAGUCCUAUGAGUUCCUGCAGAAAAGACAAGCAGAAGAGCACUGGGUUCACCUGCAUUAUUAUGGCUUGAAGGACAGCCGUUCUGAACAUGAGCGCCAGUAUUUAUUUAGUCAAGGUCACGGCCUUGCUGAAAACACAGAGUUAAUUAAAUCUCCCAGUGAAUAUUUAAUGAUGCUGAUGCCUCCAAGUGUAGAGGAAGAGAAUGACAAACCAGUGGCUCCAAGCAAUGUGCUUUCUAUGGCCCAGCUGAGAACUUUGCCCCUUGCUGACCAGAUUAAGAUCCUGAUGAAGAAUGUGAAGGUCAUGCCGUUUGCAAAUCUGAUGAGCUUGCUGGGCUCUGGGACCGACUCUACGGCAGUUCUCCGCUGCAUACAGCAGGUGGCAAUGCUGGUUCAGGGAAACUGGGUGGUGAAGAGUGAUGUCCUCUACCCAAAAGAUACUUCUAGUCCACAUAGUGGAGUCCCUGCAGAGGUGCUCUGUAGAGGGAGAGACUUUGUUAUGUGGAAGUUCACACAGGACCGCUGGGUUGUGAGAAAGGAAGUGGCAGCAGUAACAAAACUUUGCCCAGAAGAUGUGAAAGACUUCCUAGAGCACAUGUCUGUGGCAAGAAUAAACAAAGGUUGGGAGUUCAUGCUCCCUUAUGAUGAAGACUUUGUUAAGAAGCACCCAGACAUAGUUCAGAGGCAACAUAUGCUAUGGAUGGGCAUCCAGGCCAAAUUAGAAAAGGUAUAUAAUCUCUUAAAGGAGCACUUGACACCAAAGAAACAAGAGACACAAUCAGCUCAUCCAUCGCUAGUUUCUGGGGAGCAAAGGGUCAACAUGGCUAAAGCAAAAGUCAAGCAGAACUAUGGGCAGCUGGAGAAGGAGUUCCAGAAGCAAAAGGCAGAGAUGAAAUCCAAUGACACCUCAGCCAAGGUGGAUGUUUCCAAUAUCCGCAUUAAAGAGGAGCCUGUGAGUGACGAGGAGCCGAUGGACACCUCUGCUUACGAGGGCAUGAACAACGGCAUUGCCAACGGCCUCCAUGCAGAGGAGGACUCCAGGGACUCUUUGAAUGGCCACUUGCCUGGAGGCUGCAUUGACCUGGUAGCCCAGGAACUGAAGGAGUUUGUGUCCUCAACAUUUAAGAAACAAUUUGUACUCACCCUGAGUGAGCUGAAACGGUUAUUUAACCUUCACUUAGCUGGCCUGCCUCCAGGACACACGUUGUUCAGUGGCAUUUCGGACAAAAUGUUACAGGACAUGGUGUUGGACACUGGCUGCAAACAGAUUUUGGUGCCUUUUCCUCCACAGACUGCUGCUUCACCAGAUGAGCUAAAGGUCUAUGCACUUUGGGAAGCUGGUGACACUUAUGAUCAGCACCGGCAAGUUUUGCUUGAAAUCUUCUCAAAAAACUACCGAGUGCGCAGGAAUGUCAUCCAGAGCCAGCUGAGUCAGGAGUGUGGAGAAGAUCUAAACAAGCAGGAGGUGGAUAGAGUGUUAAAGGACUGCUGUGUGAGCUACGGCGGGAUGUGGUAUCUUAAGGGGACGGUGCAGUCUUGACAGUGGUGGCAGCGAGUUCAAGUGAUCUCCAGAUCGAAAGGGGAAACCUGCAGUGGGUGGCCCAAAGUCACACCGGGGCCUCGGGAGCGUGGGGCAGGAUCUGACCUACUCUGGGGCGCGUGGGCAUUGCAGACAGUCCCUGCCCUCCCAGCACACUCACACACGUGUUUGCAUGGCCGCCGAGCACAAGAGCUCCAAGGAAGACACCACGGGACCCUGGCUGCAGCUCGAUUCAUCUGGGAUUUAUGUAUUUCAAUUCUCGUACUGUUCCGUUGUUAAAAAAUAAACCCAUAUACUGACACAGACGUGAGGGAAAGUCAUGGUCUAAUACUUUAUUUUGUAAGUAAUGCCAAUAAAUUAAACUUGUUUACAAACAUCCCAGGUUUUGUUAAAUACCUCUGUGCUCAGCUUCAGCCCGAGCACUGCGAUAGCCCUUCCAGCCCUCUCCGUGGAGAGAUGGUUGCAUUCGUGGCAACGGCAGCAGGGGAUGGGGGAAGGACAGGGGUGUCUCCGAGCUCUGUCCUACACAGCAGUUGUUCUCACCUGGCAGCUGUGAAACGAGUUCUUUGAAAGCCAGGUGUGACCACCUGCUGCCUUUCUGGUGUUGGUGGAGGGUGGGGUUGAGGGGAUUUUGCAUUCCUGUAUGCAAGUGCAGCGAGGUAAGUGAGCGGGUGCCCCCAGCUCUGCUCACCUCACGGCAACACUGUCAAACCUCUAUUUUCUGUAACUUUUAUAAAAUAAAAUUUUAUC